GGGUUCGGAAUAUUCUGCUUUUGGCGGGAAAACAUUCCAAUGCCAAACUUCCAGAUCAGCUCUCUGUUUGCGGUGCUGGCGUCCAAUCUCCGAACUCCGCAUCCGACGGCCGGUGAUGAAGUAACCCUAUCCCUUUCGAAUCUGAACCGUUCGCUCAAUCCGACCGAUGUCCCGAGGGUUCGCAUUCUGGACACCGCUCUCUCGCUCAUGCACUUCACUGUCCCACAGGUUCAUGAUUCGGUAAUUGAGUUCACGUUGAAAUCACUCGUUACGGUUUUGUCGUCUUCGAUCGAGUGUAAGGUGGUUAGAGUUAAUAAACAACUGGAUUUGAGAGUAGGCGGAUUGAUUUUGAAAAGCGAUUGUGCCAAUGUUAUGGAGGAGUGUGCUCGUGUUCUGGAGAAAUUGGAUGGCCAAAAAGGUGAUCUUUGUUAUUCGCUUUUGUACAACGUUAUCAGGGUGGCAGCGCUUGCACCAUGCUUUCCUUAUGCAAUGCUGUCAGAUUCUAUUCUCGACGCAAAAUGUUGUGAUUUGAGAACUACUGCUCUUGAAAACCUAGUUCGCUUAAUACCGAAGCAAUUCACUUUUAAGAAUGGUGAAAUACCUUUGAGGUUAUUGUCAUGGCAUUUAGACCCAAUGAUUUUGAAGCAAGAUGUAGCACAAGUUUUGCAAGAAUUCAUCACACGGCCAUUUCUUUCUUUGCAAACAGAAAUUUAUGACAGGAUAGAUUGGAGAUCCAAAAUAAUUUGCCUGGUGAUGUCACCAUCAAUGUUCAUUGAGACCAGGGCUCUCUUGCACAAGUGGUUCUUAAUGACGGGUUUGGCUUCUUUGAUGGAACUCCAGAGCGAAAUUGUUGGACAUGUGCUUGAUAUAAUAUCCAGACCGAUGUGGUGGGGUAUAUCCAUUGAAGUUGGAUCAAAGCUGCCAUUUUCUUUUGCAUACUUUCCCUAUCAGCAUCAAUUACUGAGAACUUUGGCUGGACCUAUAUCCCAGGAAUAUUUUAAGCAUUUGCUUCAAAAAGUAAGUGGCUCAGUAUCUGUCCCUGGAGGUGAUUUGCACAAAUCUUCUGGGAAAACUGCAACAGAUAUCAAUUCAGUAGAUCAUAAAUCUAUGUGGGCCAUGGUUAUGAACUUCCCAUGUUGGUUCUUUUUUGCAUCUAUGAUGAUAUUCUGCAACAACAGUAACAUUACUGUAGAUAGUUUGUGUUCGGAAUCCCUCUCUGGGUAUCUUAAACCUUGUAUGACUCAUGAUCCGGAGGUAACUUGUCCAGCAGAGGCAGGGAAGUUCAUGGCGUGGAUUCUGUACCCCAUGAGUGAAUCUACUCAAUGCCUUUUGGUUGAUUAUCUAGUCAAAAUCUCAGACUUAUGGUUGCAGAAGUGUGCCAGCCUGAAUAAAUGCCACGAGGUGACAAGUGUUGACGAGGAGGCUAAGAAGCCCAAAUCACAUGUUAAGAAUGAAAUAGCAUUGUAUGAGCUGGAUAGUUGUGCAGUUUCUCUUUGGCUCAAGGAAAUUAGAGACUUAUACACUAAGCAUUUUGGAGAGAAAGUUGGCUUUUCAACUUCCAAUACCAAAAGAUUCAGUAUCCACCAAAACCUAUUGUUAAGGAGGAUCCCAUUAGGCAUCCUGCUUCUGCAUCCUUGUCAUUUAAACGCAGAAGGAUGUUCUUUGCUUUUGCACUAUGCUGCUACCGGAACUGUCCAAGAGUUUUCAGGUAUUCAAAAUCCCAGACAAGGCCGAAAAAGAUGGAAACACAACUCAAUUAGGUCGUCCCUGUGCUGUAUUCAACAGUGCAGUAAAGCUGAAGCUAUUGCAGGGUGUAGAACCGUCUUUGACAUAACAGAUGUGGCUGAUAGUAUUUCUUAUUCUAUGUUUAAUGAAGAGGAGGGACUGAAUUUCGUCUGCCAAGUGAAGAUGAAGACCUGCAAUUAUCUGUUGCAGUGUGUGAAAAGGUUACUUGACAUCAAACAUGAUGAAGAUGGUCUCCAGAUGAGAAGGGAUCUUCUCUCUCGAGUAGUUAGGUGGAGACGUCAGCGGAAAGAUGUCUUUCAAAACAAGGAUCUUGAUAGUGUAUGUGAUGCAUUGAGUUUGAGUGUAUAAAAACCUUCCUUGUUUUAAUGCAUCAUGUAAUGGGUUUUGUAGUGCUUUUUUCUUGAAGAUAUAUUUUUUCCAGCU